AUGAGUUCCAAUACACACAACUUUUCACAACGUUCCAUUGAUCUCCUGAAAGAGAGUUUGUCAAGAGAUCAAGACCAUCAAACACAUAAGGAUGAUUCUCAUCAUACAGUAGUAACGACAGUCAAAGAAAAGAUAUCGGAUGCUGUCCACACGACAGCCCAGAAACUUAAUCUUGAACCACGAGAACGACAUCCAGAGGCAUAUCACCAAGAUGGAAAGACUAACCCAGAUCUAAAAAUGGAACCACAAACGCAACAUUAA